GGAGGGGGGGUGGAUGUGUUAAUACACAAGAACACUGCAUCAAACCAAUGUACUGCUCAGCACGGCAUGCGUCAGCAGUACAUUCACGUUUCAACUGAAGGACAAAAGGAGGAGAGAGAGCAGCCUGUCUUGGCUGCCUGCAACACCAACACAAAGAAAAAGGAGACAGAAGGAUAACAAAACAAGGGGGGGGGGGUUAAAAAAAAAAAAAAAAAAUGUUGCCGUAGACGGGUUUUUCCCAUGCCUCUCCCAUUCUUGCUUCUGUUGCUGUUCAGGCUACUACUGCAGUCCAAGAGCCAGAAAGACAUUAACCGCAACAAAAGGCUAACGCUUCAACUCACUACGUCAAAACAAAAGGGGAUGCAGCAGGAGCUACAGGGGGUAAAGCAAAGGAGCUCUGUGUGUGUUGUCUUUAGCGGAUUGUCAAACCGGGGCUCGUCACUGAAGAUCUUUUUUUCUCUUCUUUUUAUUCCAAGGGAACAAGAGAGCACACUAGAAAACCUCCUCAACAUUGCUGCGCUCCCCCCGCCCCCCCCCCUUCCCACCAACCUUUAAAGAAAUUGACGGAUUAUUGCUAACUGUGCAGGAGGCAGGCUGCAGCUGCUGCAUCUACUGGAUGGAGAGCUAGUUAAAAAGAAAUCUAAUGACUGCAAUGUGCAGCUUUACGAUUCAGUACGGCAAACAAACUGGAAGACAGUGGGACUGCCCAACAGCAAAUUUAAGUUAAAAAGAAAAUUAAGGACUGUACAAUUUUCUUUUUUUUCCUGGUUUAAAAUUUAGAGUUGAGCAAUGGAAUAUUGCAAAAGGAAUUCUACAGCAUCCCACGUCAGCUUCCAAGGGCAAUCACUGGGAGUACUGCUGGCACUGCUCUUUGGAGCAGAGAGGAUCCUUGCACCUGCGUAGCCCACUGGGCCUUACCUCUAUACCAAGAUUGUUUAAUGCUGCUGUUUCUGGAUUUACUAGGAGCCAUUUUGCCAGAUUGUUUGAAUAUUCAUUUUUUACUGCACAGUAAAAUGAGGCUACAUAAUGCUUGGGGGGAAAUAUAAUUAACACUAGAGCUGUUUAACUGUAAAGGACUUCACAGAACUACAGAGGUAGGUGUCUAAAAAAAGUGUUCCCACCGCCACCCACCCCCCAUUCCUUUUCAUCAAUUCAAUCCUUUCUUUCGCUCACUCUGUUGCUCAGAUCAGCACCUCCCUGUACUGUAGAUGGAAAAAAGAAUCAGAGUCUUGCUUAAACCGGGAUAGGGCCAGAUCUCCAUUCCGUGCCAAAUCCCAGACGAUGUUGAAUUAUGAACGUGCCACAUCAUGAGUCUCUUGUGGCAGGUAACUGUGCACCGUACCUGGAAUGCCUCCCUGCUUUUUGUAGUCUACCUCAUGGUACGAACGUGGAGUCUGUGUGCAGCUUCUGCCGGACCCCAGAGUUGCCCCUCAGUCUGUUCGUGCAGUAACCAGUUUAGUAAAGUGGUCUGCACACGCCGCAGUCUCAGGGAGGUCCCUCAAGGGAUCCCCUCAAAUACUCGGUACCUCAACCUGAUGGAGAACAACAUUCAAAUGAUCCAGGCAGACACUUUCCGGAAUCUCCACCACCUGGAAGUGCUGCAGUUGGGGAGGAACUCCAUUCGCCAGAUAGAGGUUGGUGCUUUUAAUGGUUUGACCAGUUUGAACACGUUGGAGCUGUUUGAUAACCGCUUAACAGUUAUUCCAAGUGGAGCAUUUGAGUAUUUGUCCAAACUGCGGGAAUUAUGGCUCAGGAAUAACCCCAUUGAGAGCAUACCCUCUUACGCUUUCAAUAGGGUGCCAUCUUUGAUGCGUUUGGAUUUGGGAGAGUUAAGAAAACUGGAGUAUAUAUCAGAAGGUGCUUUUGAGGGAUUAUACAACUUGAAAUACCUUAAUCUUGGAAUGUGUAACAUUAGAGAAAUGCCAAACCUCAACCCAUUAGUUGGGCUGGAGGAACUAGAGAUGUCUGAAAAUCAUUUUCCUGAAAUAAAACCUGGAUCCUUUCAGGGUCUUAAAUCUCUGAAAAAACUCUGGAUUAUGAACUCACAAAUCAACCUGAUUGAACGGAAUGCUUUUGAUGACCUCACAGCACUGGUGGAAUUGAACCUUGCCCAUAACAACCUGACCUCUUUGCCCCAUGACCUUUUUUCACCCCUGAGAUACCUUGUAGAAUUACAUCUGCACCACAAUCCGUGGAACUGUGACUGUGACAUUGUUUGGCUUUCGUGGUGGCUGCGUGAAUACAUCCCCACAAACUCGACAUGCUGCGGCCGCUGCCACUCUCCACCCUACAUGAGGGGCAAAUACUUAGUGGAGGUUGAACGGAGCACUUUCCAGUGUUCAGCCCCCUUUAUUGUGGACGCUCCUCGGGAUGUAAACAUCUCAGAAGAACGAGUGGCCGAGCUCAAGUGUCGCACGGCCUCCAUGUCUUCUGUUAGGUGGUUGCUGCCAAAUGGCACAAUAUUAAGUCAUGGGUCAAAUCACCCACGAAUAUCAGUUCUAAAUGAUGGAACACUAAACUUCUCGCGUGUUUUAUUAACGGAUACUGGGAUCUACACAUGCAUGGUCACCAAUGUGGCGGGAAAUUCAAAUGCCUCAGCCUAUCUCAACGUCAGCACGGCUGAGCUGAAUACGUCCAAUUUGAGCUACUUCACGACUGUCACGGUGGAAAUUGUAGAUCCAACAUCAGAGGACAUUCCGCCGAAGAUAAAGGCAGUUACAACGCCUUCUACGGAAUACAAACCAGCAUUUAUAUCCACUCCUACUGUCCUGCUCCACAACACCAAGACGCCAAAACAGGUGUCAGUCCUCACUUCGAACGGCACAGAAAGACCGCCUGCUAGCUUGGAUGAGGUCAUGAAGACCACCAAAAUCAUAAUUGGCUGCUUUGUGGCGGUCACACUUCUGGCCGCUGUUAUGUUAAUAGUAUUUUACAAACUGCGCAAGCGACACCAGCUGAGGAGCACAGUCACCGCUGCCAGGACUAUAGAGAUUAUCCAAGUGGACGAGGAUGUUCCCACAGCAGCAUCGGCCACCGGUAUACCGGGAGAAGGGGCGGUUGUAUUACCCACCAUCCAGGACCACAUGAACUACAACACCUACAAACCAGCACAUGGGGUUCACUGGACAGAGAACAGCAUUGGCAACUCUCUUCACACCACGGCCAGCACCAUCACCACUAUUCAUGAGCCCUAUAUAAUACAAACUCACACCAAGGAGAAGGUACAGGAGACACAGAUUUAACAUUCCCCCCACCCUUUCCUCAUUAUAAAAUGCAAUAGAGUGCACAAAAAAGACAGCAACUUUUUUUGUACAGAGUGCAAAAUUAAGACUGUUUUUCUUGUAUAUGCUUAUAUAUAUAUAUAUAUAAAAAAAAAAAAAAAUCUACUAUGAGCUGGUAAGAGAAGCAGAUUAUAUAAUAAAUUUCAACUAUUUUCUAACUUGUAACUUCUAUUUAAAAACAAACAAAGAACAAGCUGUUAAGAUACUGUUAUGACAGAAAUGUGGGUGGACCUGUUUAAAAGGGCAUUCUGUAAUUUUUAGUUGAAGCUAUAUAGGAUGCAGUAAAUACCCAUUUAUACCGAGAAGUCUUUCUAAAAAGCCCAGAAUCAAUAUUUACAGGUUUAUCUUGUAAAAGCACCAAGAAUUUGUACUGUGCCAAAUGUUAUAAAUGCAAUAAAAGGAUUUUUUUUUUUGUUGAAAAAA